AGUAAAUCACAAGUCACGCAAAUAAUCACAAUUUCAGGAAUAUUCUUUACUUCAGUUUUGUACUUAAGUGGAUGGACAUUAUUCUUUAUUUUAUGUUCUUUUUUGUACUGGGAAGGAUUACGAUAUUAUCAUUUUUAUUUAAAGACAAAGGGAACUGUAAGUAACUAAAAAUUUUGUAUUAUUUUAUUUCCAGGAAUCGUUUUCCUUUACGCGGUGAGGCACAAUUUAAUUUAAGACUUUUUUUUUUUUUGCGUUUCCACGACAAAAUCGGUUGAUUGCAGUUCAGAAAUCCCGCUCCCGAGGCUCCUGUCUGAACAACUUCUACGGAACUUACUUCCCAGCAUGCACCUUAGCAACUCUGCGCAUGCGUAACAGUCAACCAGAUGUAGCUAACAGACAAGAUGAGCUCAAAAAUUCCUCGAAAAGCUCUCGCCAUCCAGACGCGCAAGAAAAGAGCGAAGGCCAAGCCGCGCUUCAACAAUCAGAACGACAAGAAAAGAGCAGCGGAUCCAAAUGGAUGGAGCAGUGUCAGUGAAAAUAGUUCUAGUAGCUUUGUGUCCUCCACGUCUGAGGAGGCUAAAAAGCCAGAACCAGACUAUGAUGAAGAUGAGGAAGAGGAAAUUUUGGGCUCUGAUGAUGAUGAACAGGAAGAUCCAAGGGAUUACUGUAAAGGGGGAUACCAUCCUGUGAAAAUUGGGGAUCUCUUCAAUGGUCGCUACCAUGUGGUUCGCAAAUUAGGCUGGGGCCAUUUCUCCACAGUCUGGUUAUGCUGGGAUCUCAGCUGCAAGCGUUUUGUGGCACUGAAAGUAGUAAAAAGUGCUCAACACUAUACAGAGACUGCACUUGAUGAAAUCAAGUUACUCAAAUGCGUGCGAGAAAGUGACGAGAAUGACCCAGCCAGAGAAAAAUCUGUACAACUUCUGGAUGACUUUAAGAUAUCAGGGGUUAAUGGAACUCAUGUGUGUAUGGUGUUUGAGGUGCUGGGACAUAAUCUUCUCAAACUUAUAAUCCGCUCCAACUAUCAGGGCAUUCCUCUGCACAACGUGAAACUAAUCAUGCGGCAGGUAUUAGAGGGAUUGAACUACCUGCAUACCAAAUGCAAAAUAAUCCACACAGACAUCAAGCCUGAGAACAUCCUGAUGUGUGUUAGUGAGAACUACAUUCGCAAACUAGCUGUUGAUGCCUUUGAGUGGCAGCGUCUUGGGCUCAAACUGCCUGGAUCUGCAGUAAGCACUGCUCCAAAAGACAAAGUGGUGGAGGCCAAGAUGUCAAAGAACAAAAAGAAGAAACUCAAAAAGAAAAAGAAGCGACAACAGCAGCUAAUUGAGAUACAGAUGCAGCAGUUGCAGGAGCUGGAUCAGAAAAAAACAGUGGGGGAAGGAGAGGAAGAUAUAGGUAAAGGAAUGGUGAUGAGUGAGAGUCUAGCCAGUUUGCAGCAGUCUGACACUGACAGCAUGGUGCACAGUGCCAGCACAAACAGUCUGCAGGCGUUGGCUGUGACCAGCCCUGUGGACACAGUCCUCACCAUUGAGAGUCAGGUCAAUGAAGACAACAUCAGUGCCAGCAAUACAGCAGAGUACAGCACAUCUGCAAGUCUUUCUGUCAGUGGCCAUAGCUCCUGUGUAGAGACUGUUACCAGGGUAGAUGGGGCGACCGCUACUAUUAUCACCAUCAGUCAGGAAAAUAACACUAAAACAAAAGAUCUUUACAAAGAGAAUGGAGAAGUGGACAUGAAUGGAGAAAACAAAAACCAUACUGAUAACUGUAUUCAGGAAAAGGAAGUGACCAUGCCAAUUGCUCGCCUGAAUGUCGACGAUGCUUCUUCCUCCUUUCGGCAGAAUGGCAAGUCCGACACUACACACAUUUUGUGCAAUGGCUAUGGGCUAAGCAAGGAGGAUGACAGUCCCACCACAGAUAGCAUGUGCAGUGGUAGUAACAUGCCAGCAAAGCCAACAAACAUCACCACUAACAGCUGCAACAACACCAAAAGUUCUGCCACAGACAGCCCCACUUCUGAAGGUGGAGACAUUGAGCAUCCAAAUUCUGUCAGUGCCACAGACAUUUAUGCCAUGGAUCAAUGCCAUGCUCUCUGCGGUCAUGGCGAGGGAGAGGAGGGCUGCCACAUUGAUUCAGGAUUUGAAAAUGGACUCAUACGCAUGGAAAGCCAAGAAGAUGCCACUGAUUGUCAACCUCAAAAUGGGCCUAAGGUAGUGGAACAUCAACCAGAUCCUGUCAAUGAGCUUUGCAUGGAAUUUCCUGUCAAAAUUGCAGACUUGGGCAAUGCCUGCUGGACGUAUCACCACUUCACAGAAGACAUUCAAACUCGUCAGUACCGGUGCCUGGAGGUACUCAUUGGUGCUGGUUAUGGACCUCCAGCAGAUAUAUGGAGUACUGCCUGCAUGGCAUUUGAACUGGCAACAGGGGACUACUUAUUUGAACCUCACUCAGGAGAAGAUUAUAGUCGUGAUGAAGAUCAUCUUGCUCACAUCAUUGAAUUGAUUGGCCCUAUUCCACGACAUAUUGCCCUUUCAGGAAAAUACUCCCGCGAAUUCUUCAACCGAAGGGGUGAGCUUCGGCACAUUACCAAGCUGAAGCCAUGGGGUCUGGUGGAGGUGCUGACAGAGAAAUAUGAAUGGGACCUGCAGGAUGCACGUGAGUUUGCCGACUUCCUCUUGCCCAUGCUGGAAUUUGACCCAGAAAGGCGGGCCGCUGCAGCUGACUGCCUGAACCACCCAUGGCUACAUGACUCGUGACCAGUAUACUGCUAUGGCAGAUAAAAUGGUUUAGCAUUUUGAUACAAAGGUUGGCAGUUGAGGGUAGAAAAUGGGAAUAGUGUUUAUGGACCAUGCACUGGUGUUCACAGCUGUUCUCUUUCAUUUUUCUCCCCCACGAUUACCCUUACUUUGGAUGCUGUUGUAAGAGGACACAUAGUGUUUCUCAGAAUGCUGAGAUUCGCUUGAAACAUGGCAACAGCAUCUGCAGUACUUGAUACACUCCAAGCGGGACCUUUCCUACUGCUUGCCAUUACACUACACCCGUAUACAUCCUUAUGUAUUUAACUUAUUUUCAGAAAAAUAAAGCAUUUUGCCCUCUUGAGUUUUAAAGUUCAGUCACUGAUAUUGUAUGCACAAUGCAGCAGGCAUACUUGGGUUGUCAGUGUUGAGUUAGGCAUGGUCGCAGUUGAACCGGCCAGCCAGCAGACUUAAAUGUACAGAGAAGUGAAUACCAGCAACAUGGAACUCUUCACAAGCUGUGGUAGUGCUUUGUAGGAGAACAUGUUCUAAAUGUAAACAUGAUAGAAACAAACAUUUUGCUCAAGAUGUACUGUGCUGCCUGGUGAAUGUGACUGGAAGCUUAUGGCUAAGGCAGUCAUGCAGACAGUGCUAAUAAGGAAGACUUGUUUCAAGACUUUCCAAGGCUGGAGUUUUGCAUGGCAAGAAUUUUAAGUGUUUCCACCUGAGAAAUGUGUUAAUCCUACUAACAAUUAUAUGAAGAGAUGUUGGCAAGUAUAACAAUGUUUUUCAUGUAGACAUUUUGUAAUUUAUUUCUACAUCAUUCAUACAUAGUCUGGAAACAAAGAAAGAUACCUUUUAAAAGAUUUGCUUGACUUGCCCCAGCAACGAAAAUCCCUGGUUGGUAUGGAUGCAAACUGGUAUGUUCCUUGGCAUGUGUGACAGGCAGCUGGAGAAGUGUCUUGGCGCACACUUGCUUGCUGUGUUUUAAAUGUUAAGUGUGCUGCAGUUAAUCAUCCACAACAUUGUGAAGGCUUUCUUUUGUACAUUUGGACUUGAGAAUUCCUUACCUGCAUGCACCUAAUGUUUCUGCAAAACCUCAGGCUUGCUAGGCAUAAAGGGGGUCAUCCCUGCUUUUUUGGGUGUUGAAAGUGCUCAAAAGAUAUUGUUUACAGUUCUGUAUUUUGUUUAUACAUUCUGUUUUGGUAGGGUUUUUUAAAAUACUAAGAAAGGUAAUAGAAUUUCAGUAUUUACUUAUCAUUACCAAAAAAAAGGCUACAGUCUCCUUCAAGAAAUUCCUGUAGUCCAUGUUGCUUUAUGUACCAAAGCAGAGUUGGAUGCUGUCGCCAAAGUUCAUGGAUGUGGGAUGUUUUAGUAGUGGGGUUUGUUUUGUUUUUUUCGGGAGAGGUAAAGUCCGGGGGGGUGGGGUGAAUAGAUUGCUAGAGGCAAGGAAAAGACAAUUUUUAAAAAAAAUUGAAGUUACAUGAGGUUUGUCUUACAAAUUGUCAAGACUUGGACGUGUCUGCAUGAGUUUGCAAGUGGCAGAGAGUGCUUCAGAAUCAUAAUGUCAGGCAUGCUUUUUUUUUUUUUUUUUGCGUCAAAAGUGCUUAUAUGUGUAGUAAUAAUAAUCUCCCAUUAGACUGUAUGUUGUUUUAUUAAAUUUGCUGGAAUCCUCCUUUCCAAAGUUAUUUGCAUCUGCAGAGUAGGUUGAUUACAUUAACCAUUUAUCUCUGUUAUCACAUAUUUCAGUCUGGUGAGCUUCCUGAAUUACUGUACAUUUUUUUUAACAGAGUAGUGUAGGCAUAUGAUUCUUUUUGUAUUGUUGAUCUGUUUCUGGUGGCACUAAGACUAUUAAAUUGGUUGAGGUGGGAUUUGAAGAAGAAGGAUUUAAUAUUUAUUGCAGCUUACAGUAAUUACUGCAAGUAGGUAUUUUUCCUCUUUUGUUUUUUAAAGCCACAGUUAACAGAAUGUUAACACACAAAAAAUUCAUACUUCCUGAAUGUUUACCCUACUUGGUGGUAGUCAUCAUUUUGCUUUUUUUUCCCUCCCCUUUGAAACACAUAGUUGCUUUUGCCUUAAAAAUAAUCUUUUAAAAAAAUAGGUUAUGGAGAAAAGAACCUUUAUUUAGACUACCUACUGACCACAUGGAAAAACCAACAUUGAGAAAGGAACUGAGUUGAUUCAAACUUUAUGUAGUCAUUUCAGACCAUGGUCAUCUCAGACUUUAAGUAUGAAAUAACUGUUAAAAUCCUAUUUUUAUAUGCUUUUAUAAGGGUAUAGCAUAUAUCUGAAAAGUACCUAUUUUUAAAAUGUGUAAAAUGUGACUGCAAUUAAGCAUGAUUACUGUGCUUCUGUACCUGCCAAAAAGUAUGCUUCCUGUACAUAUCGGACAGCAAUAACUCUUUAGGGAUAUCCGCCAGAAGAGACUGGUACAGGACUGGUUGAGAUGUCAAAGUGAGCUUCAUGGCUGUCGUGUUUCAAAUGGGUUACCAUACAGUACAAUCAAUCACAGGUGAUCGUAGAUUCAGACUGUGAAAUAAUUUAUUGCAGACAGCAUACUGAAAAGACUUAAACAGUAUUGAGCAUGUAAGUUCAGUGUCUUGUGUAAGGGUUUUGUGUGUGUAUUGACAUUUUCUGUAGGGUUUAUUUUGAGGUAUUUUGUUCAGAAUGUUUCAUGUUUGUGACAUAAUUUAGAUAUUCUGCCAAAGACUUUUUUCCUGGCACAAUUAUUAUGUGUUUAGUUUGUUGGAGGUUUUUAUGGAGGGGGGGGUGGAGAAUUGAAAAACUAACAUUAACAAAAAGGAUUGGCAUAAGCAUUGAAACAUGUCAUUACAUCAGCUUAUGUCGUCUAUGCAACUUAGCUGUAUUAGAGAGCUUAUCCCACCACUCAUUGUGAGGUGUAAACUAGUUAAAGGGAAGAGAUAAUGCCAGAGUAUAUUUGUGUAUGAAAAGUACUGAAGUGAGCAAAUUAAUCCAUGCUGUGUUAUGCAGCAGAAUUGAAAAACUUGAGCUAGUAGUUUCACCAUUCCAUUACACAUGCAAUAAAUGUUAACAACUGUAGUCUAACUUUUUAUUUUAAUGUUUGUGUAUGCCCACUGUUGAGAGUAAACAAAAUUAUUUUCACGAGAAAAGUUCUGGCAGAUGGUGAUGGUCAUCUCUGUGCAGUACAGCCAACAAAGGACAAUUAACAACGGAAUUUUUACCAAAAUUUAUGACAGCAGAAAGGAGGGACAAAUUUGAAUGAAUGGGAGGGAAAAGGUGUUGGAGAGGAUAGAAGAUAAUUGAGGUGUUGAAACAGUUGACAGAAUGUAAAUUAGCCUCCAGAAUUAAUGCUGGAAACAGAAGCACAUAAUGGCUGUCUUGUUUGAAGUCAAAAGAGUUUUGUUCCUUUGAAGCCUAUUUAAAAGAAACAACCUUUGCAUAUCAGAAAUAAGCUGGUAUUUGCAAGCUAUCAGGUGUCACGAAAGAUUACAGAGGAUUGUUUAUAGUGCAGUAUGUCAGUCUUCUAGUGUAACAGUGCAGAAAGCAUUAGCAGUACAUUAGAGUAAUAUCUGAAUAUGGCUGUUGAAGAAGUACCCUGUUCAAGUAUUGAUGUAUACAGCAUGUUCAUCACAUGCUUAUUUAUCUGACAUUUAUGUGUGUGUGAAAUUUGCAAGUGUGUUACGAUCAUUGAGGCCCAUGCUAAUCAAAAUGGCAGGCAAUAAUAUCACUGUGAUUUUAACAAGAAAGAGUUUUAAAACUAUGCCACUAAACCAUCAAUCUGUAAAAAUGUCAUAUAUUCAGUGCUAUAGUUAUAUCAUAUUGCAACAAUAAAAUUUUAUCCUAUACCACAAGCAGAUUUGAUUCACAUGUCAAUCAUGACUUUAAAUACCGUUCAUGAGCAUCUGUGAAGCCUUUCUCUGCAGGUGCAUUAUUCCACACUAUUGGCAUAGCCCCAAAAUAUCCAGACUAAGGGAGAGUGGUAUGAACAUUUUAUCUUUUCCAUGCAUUAAAAGCAAAUAUAAAUUUACAAGUGUUCUUUUGGCCCUCAUAGAUUUUCAGAAAGAUGAAUGAAAAAGAUGGUUUGAAUGCCUGUGCAGUUAUCCAUAAGAGCUAUUCAUUAUGGAGUUGUUGCUAUUCUCCAUUUAUAUUCUAAGAAUAUUUCUCUUUAGUAGUUUCCCGUGUGUGUAGCUGAAUGUAUAAAUGAUAUAGCAACAGCUUUGCCUGACUACGUGAUGAUGGAUAUAGCUCAGAACAGUAGACAUGCUGGCUUGACGGACGUAAUUGAAUGUAGGUCAGGCUGGACAUUCAUGUGGUUCCUACAGUUUGAUGGCAAUGCCUAUCUUUCAUACCACCAGGAUCAUUGUUGCUCAUCUUACUCAUUCUUUAGAAACACAUGAAGCUUAAAAGAGAAAGCAUUUUAUCAUGGCGUGUGUUCUGCGUGCAACACUGUGAUCACACCAUUUUUGAUUGCUUAGUAACUUUAUAUGAUUUUGAUAACUUUUCUCAAAGAUCUGCUUGGCAAUGCUGUCUAUAGACUGGAUUUAUUCUGCUUUGUUCUUUUACAUGCAGCUUUGCUUUUUUUUGUGCAGUUCAAUAUUUUCUUUUGAGAUUUGAUUGUGGAUAUGUGUAUAUGCUAUGGUGAUGAAUAAAAGUGACUUUCUAAUUCUGGUGCUAGGGUAGAAUGAUUUAUAUUGACAGUUUUCUUUUCUAAUUUUCUUAGAUUUUUAUGUUGGAAUAGCAGUUGUCAAAAAGCACUUGUAAUCUGAAAAUUUGGUAAUGUUUGAUUUUGUUUUAACUAAUCAGUCCUAGUCACAUGGUACACCUUUAGAGAUCUGUUGAAGACCAGAGUUUUUUAAUAAAUUUAUUUAUACUAGCUAAAUGUUUUCUUUCAUCCACAUUGUGUUAAAUUGCUAAACAUGUGUUUGAGCACAUUAGACAUCUAGGUAACAACAUAUAUUUUGCCAUUAAAGCUGUGUACAUCUGAUGUUAUAUAUUUAUACAUCCUAUGCCAUUGUAGUGAACACCAAACCAUUGCAUAUUUUUUCAUCUGGCUGUUGAAGAUUUAUUGAUUUGUAUCUGACCAUAUUUGUACUUCUGACCAUUAGAAAUUCUGAUGGUAGUAGGAUAUUGCAGAUUUGUACAAUUGUUAUAGUAGAGUUGUAUUUCCCACAAUUAUAAAAAUACAAAGAGCUAGGGUAUUGCUAGAGUGAAUGACUUCACUUUUUUUUUUUUGGGGUUGUGGGGGAAGAUGGGUAAGGCCUUUGCCUGCUUUUACCCACUGCACCAUAAGUCCAAGGCUGUUUAUAUGGUGAGCGACAAAAAUCCUUCUAGCCACUGCAGAGGUGUCUAAAUUUUUCAAAAUUUUAGCAAAAUUCUUUAUAUGAUUUGAUGAAGUGCACAGCAAAAAGAGUUGAGGCACGGUGGCAGGGAGACUGGUCAUUGUGUGUCAGGGAACUGAGUGUUCUUGUAGUUUAGCUAAAAUGUGAAGGUUACAUACUUCACAAUAGUUUCACAAAAUAAAUUUUCAUUCUUUCAAAUACUCAAGCUUUAUUAUUUUAGUUGAAGAGGGAGUUUAAAAAGAAACAGAAUUCCAUUUCUCUGUCUUUCCAGUCCCUGAAGUUAUUGUCUUCUUUCUGCUGUACACUUCUUAUGUUCGAGAUUAUUAACCAGGUAACAAAAAUUUUAAAAGCUCACCUUUGCUUUAGAUUUUGCACAAAUAGCAAGUUGACAUUGCAGGUUUGAAAUAACCAGAGGUUUGUAUGCAAGUUGUUAAUUGAGUGUAUGCUAGUUGAUAAUUGUUUGUGUGCUAGCCUGCAUUGUGCUGCACUCAUCGCCCUCACCAAGCUGACCCUUCUCCAGCCCAGCUUGCUGCACAGACACCUAUUUUCUAGACAGUUCCAGUGUAGAUAGUACUUUCUUUGCUACUGUAAAUGCAUGAGGACCUUCAGUAUCCUCAGUACCAUAUGAUGCAGAUUCAUGGGCCCUGAUAGUGGGUACAACCUCUCUUAGGGAUGAAGCCAUAUUGGACAUAAUCAUAGAAAGCUUCUAAAUGCUAGCACAAAUAUUGAUUGUGAAUAUGUAGUUGGGAAAUGGUGAAUAGAGACACAGCAUUUGAAAUGCCAGAGGCAGAUUGCUUUGCUUACAGUUGGCGUUAACAUUCUAUCAAUUGUGCAAAGGGAUGUUUCAGUAGUGCUUGUUACUUUGGUCUUCUGUUAAAGUAAGUUUUUUAUAUACUAGGGUUCAUCUUUGAACGCCCUUUUUUAGAACGUACAUGUUUGUUGAUAAAAAGCUAAAGCAGUUUAGCACCUGCAGACAGCAUGCCUAGGGUUUAACAGACAAAAUAAUUAUUGGGAAUCAAUCUAUAGUUGAUAACCACAGAUCAAGACACUGCCUUUCCUUAGAUGGUGAUGCCUUCCAGUACAGUACCUUGUGUAGACAAGUGAGGCCAUUUUGUCUGAAUAAUUGCAACUAGCAACAUCAGAUUUUGUGCCAUUGCCUCCCUGUUAACCUAAAACUGCUUACUGUAAAUAGAAAUGUGAUCAGAAAUAAAACUCCAGCCUUCCUUCAGGAAGAUUACAGAGGCUAUAAUAAGCACAAAGGCAUGGUCACAUUCCGACCCUUGUAAGGCACAAGCUAGGGCCAUUGGAUGUUAAUGACUUUGGUAGCCCAGAGUGUUGCUUUCUGCUCUGUAUUGACUGUGCGUCUAUGGGGGCUGCAGAAGUCGUUUUUCACUGGCCAGACUUGAUAAUGUGAUGUGGUUGUUUAUACUUGUUCACAGCAGACCUGUAAGCUGCUGGCUGUGGCUGACAAAUGUGAGGAAGUUCACUGUAAAGAGUGUUGACAAUUUAAAGUAAAUAAAACUGCCGCAAUAUC